AUGUAUAACGAGAUAGAAGGGAAUUAUGAUGACGUCGCCAUCAGUACGUUCAAAAGGGGCUUGCCGACAGAACAUGGCUUAAGAAAGUCCCUCACUGGAAAGCCAGUCACCAGCGUGCGCCAACUCAUGGACAGAAUUGACAAGUACAAAAGGGUUGAGGAGGACCAGCAGAUGGGGAAGGGUAAAGCGAAGGUCGUCCCUCACGAGAGGAGGGACUUUAGGUCGGAACGAUUUAACAAAAGUAACAGACCGAGAAGAGACUAUAUAGAGCAGCCCGGAUCUACUGGGGCUCAGGCAGUCCAUGCUGUGUUCCAAGAACCGCUUCACAAAAUCCUAGAGAAGGUGAAGUAUGAACCUUUCUUUCAGUGGCCGAACAAGAUGGCUGGAGAUCCUUUGAAGCGCAAUCAGAACCUGUAUUGCGCGUACCAUCAGGAGCCAGGUCACACCGCUGAUGAUUGCAGGAACCUGAAGAACCAUUUAGAUCGGCUCGUCCGAGACAGGAAGCUGAGACAUCUGCUGCAUUGCCCUGAAGGAUGGUAG